GGACUUUUUAUAACUAUUUCGGCAUGCGUAGAUAAGGACUUUAAUUGCUGGAUAUAGAAAGUAUGUUUUCUGGUCGUUGUUUUAAAAUGUCAAACAUCGAAUACAAGUGAUUACAAUUAUGACUGUAAUUUAUAACGGAAGGAAAUAUGCAUUUGCCUUUGCGAUUACCACACUAUUCACUCGUAGGUGUAGCUUCUGUACCACUAAUGUAAGCACUGACUCAGGAAACUUUAUUUUACGCAAGGUUAAGCCUUCCAGUUCUCAAAUUGCUAGAUAUACAAACGAAGCAAUAUUUAAGAAUAAAACGCGGUCACAUUGGAAGGCCGUUGUUGGACUAGAAGUUCAUGCUCAGAUUACAUCAACAUCCAAACUGUUUUCUGGAGCUGGGACAGAGUUUGGUGCCCCAGUGAAUACAAAUGUAUCACUAUUUGAUGCUGCCAUCCCUGGCACUCUUCCUGUGCUGAAUAGAAGAUGUGUUGAGGCUGGAGUAUUAACAGCUUUAGCUCUUUCAUGCAGAGUGAAUCCUGUUUCUGUCUUUGACCGAAAACAUUAUUUCUACGCUGAUCUUCCUGCUGGCUAUCAAAUCACACAGCACAGACUUCCACUGGCACAAGAAGGAGAAUUAGAGUUUCAUGUUUUUAUUCCUGAUGUCCAUCAUAAGCCAUAUAUUAAGAAAUCUUGCAUCAAGCAGCUUCAAUUAGAACAGGACAGUGGCAAGUUACUUCAUGAUGAAGAGGCUUGUAGGAGCCUGGUUGAUUUGAGCCGUGCAGGAAUACCUCUUAUGGAGCUUGUAUUUGAACCUGAUCUUGAGGAUGGAGAAGAGGCAGCAGCUUUGGUUAAAGAACUGAUACUCAUUCUGCAGUGUUUAGGUACAUGUUCGUGUAAAAUGGAAGAGGGUGCUUUAAGAGUGGAUGCAAAUGUCUCAGUUCAUCGUGAAGGAGAACCACUAGGUGUGCGGAGUGAGGUGAAGAAUAUUGGAAGUAUAAGGGCAGUAGCACAUGCUGUCAAGUAUGAAAUUGACCGCCAAGUUAGGACACUUGAAUCAGGAGGAGUUGUUGUUAAUGAAACUCGUGCAUGGGAUACUGACAGUCGGCAGACUGUUCCUAUGCGAGACAAGGAAGAGAAACAGGACUACCGCUACAUGCCAGAACCAAAUCUUCCUCCAUUACGAGUUCUGUUGAAUGGCCAACAUGCAAUACCAGACAUUAAGAAGGAUUGUGUAAAUGUUGAUUGCUUGAGAAGAAAAUUGCCAGAAUUGCCUAGAGAAACCAGGGAGAAGCUAAUAAACCAAUAUGGAAUAUCAGCAGAAUCUGCAGUCAUAUUAGUUAAUGAAAACAAUUUGUUGAAACAUUUUUAUGGUAUAAUGGGGGAAAAGAAGAGUCGUGACCCAAAACUGUCAACAAAUAUUCUAAUCAUGGAACUCCUUACUAUAUUAAAUAAGAAUAAGUUAUCACUGGAAACUAGUCCAUUUUCAUCUUAUUCCCUAGGAGAAGUAGUGGAUCUUCUACAGAGUAAGAAAGUAAAUCUGGUUACUGCACGGAAGUUACUUCAGGAAAUUGUUUCUGGCAAUCCUCAGUCUCCAUCAGAGAUGGUGGAAAAGUAUGGAUGGGCUCAAAUCACUGAUUCAAGUGAAAUUGAGGAUGUUUGUACAGCGGUGAUAGAACAAAAUCCAAGGCUGGUGGAACAGUUUUGUGCUGGAAAAACUAAAGUAUUUAAUUCUCUUGUUGGAAAAGUUGCCAAGAUAACAGAGAACAGGGCAAACAUGGCACUUGUAGUUAAAGUUCUGAGAGACAAAUUAAGCAAAAUACAGAAUUCUUAAAAUGUAACUUCUGAAUCAUGUUCAAAAUAAAGGUGUUUUACAACAUGAA